CUCUCUGGGCUGACCGCGCUGCGCCUUGAAUGACUGGCAUCUCGGAUCCGCCAGCCAAAUUUCACAUCUGCCACAGUGCCGGGCCCAAUACAGCAGAAUGCGCCUGUCAGCUCGCAGCUCCCGCUUGGUUGGGGCUACGUUAGCGGAGUUCGACAAGACUGUUUCUAGCUAGCAGCAAUGCGGCCCCAGAUUGGACAUGCAACCAGCCAUGCAGAUCUCAUCUAGUUUCUGUACCUGUGUAGCCGCCUGCUCGUUGCCUGUCCGUUUUGGGGAUUUGGUCUGCUCGAUUUGGGCAGCCAAAAUCUGCAGGCGACUGGAUGACGCAGCUCUCACCAACGUCAGCCGCUCUGCCGGUGAGCCUCGCGGCGCCGGACGAGCUUUUCUGUCGCCAUUCGAAACCCGAACUUGGCGUGCGUCUAGUAGCUCAUCCGCCGGGACCCGGAUGUGUUCACGUUGGGCACCGCCAAAACCGAGAUGCACUAGGGAUGCACUGUGUCUCCGGCAGGGGUGGGAAAGCCACGCCGCGGUGCCAGGUCAGACCAAGCGUGGGGAUCGCGAGCAGAUGGGGUUACAUUGCUUGCAUUGGGUCUGCUACGGCCUAGCUACGGUUUCCGGAGGAAGCAUCACCCACCUCGGUCCUGUCGGUGACCGCUGACGUACAACACCCUGCGCUGCUGUUCUAGUUGCGCCAAGCAGGUAAUCCGGGGUCCAACAGACAGGGCCUGUUCAUCGACGUGACUACUUGCUACCUCAUCGUCAACUCGUCGGGAUAGGGACUACAGCUGUUGUGAUUACCGACUUGUUGGCUCAGGAUUCU